AUGGCUGGAAAUCAACAACAACGAACGCCAAUUUCAAUCCUGGCGAUAGGUGACUCUUUGACUGAAGGUUACUACAAGCGUGGUCGAGCAUUUCAUCCAUAUGCGAAACACUUAACAGAACUAUUCGACCAUGCUAAUAUUCCUGUGAAUAUUCAACAGAAAGGUGUUAGUGGAGAACGAGUUGUUCCAACUAUGAUCAAUCGAUUUCAUCGUCUUCUUAGUAACAGUACUUCCUACGAUUGGAUUAUAAUCUUAGGUGGUACGAAUGAUUUAGCAGACUCGUCAAAGACUGCGGAAAUAAUCUUCCAAAAAGGUUUACAACCAAUGUAUGAACUGUGUCUAAAUCAUACCCAGAAAAAAACGAAGUUAGUAGCAAUGACUGUGAUUGAAAACACGUAUUACUCGCCAGAACGUGCCGAAGAUGAAGAUCGACAAAAUUUAAACAAUAUGAUUCGUAACUAUGUGGCGAAUUCGAGUGAAAAAGAUCGAAUCGUCCUAGUGGAUUUGGACAAAGGUAUUCCAUAUCAUAGUCUAACCAGUGAGAAAGAACGCAAGGAAAUAUAUGAUGAUGUCGUGCAUUUAACACCUGUUGGAUACGAUCGAAUGGCAACAUUGAUAUUUGACGCAAUUAAAGACAAACUUUGA